UUUUUUUUUUUUUUUUUAAUGAACGAGUAAAACCAUACAAAUUGUCAACAUGGGACGGAGAUCGACAUCAUCCACCAAGAGUGGAAAAUUUAUGAACCCCACAGACCAGGCCCGAAAGGAAGCCCGGAAGAGAGAAUUAAAGAAGAACAAAAAGCAACGCAUGAUGGUACGAGCUGCAGUUCUGAAGAUGAAAGAUCCCAAACAGAUUAUCCGGGACAUGGAGAAAUUGGAUGAAAUGGAGUUUAACCCAGUGCAGCAACCACAGUUAAACGAGAAGGUGCUCAAAGACAAACGUAAGAAACUGCGUGAGACCUUUGAACGAAUUUUACGACUCUAUGAAAAAGAAAAUCCAGAUAUUUACAAAGAAUUAAGAAAAUUAGAAGUAGAAUAUGAACAGAAGCGGGCUCAGCUUAGCCAAUAUUUUGAUGCAGUCAAGAAUGCUCAGCAUGUGGAGGUGGAGAGCAUUCCUUUGCCAGAUAUGCCACAUGCACCUUCCAACAUCUUGAUCCAGGACAUUCCACUUCCUGGUGCCCAGCCACCCUCCAUCCUUAAGAAGACUUCAGCCUAUGGUCCUCCAUCUCGGGCAAUUUCUAUCCUUCCUCUCCUUGGUCAUGGUGUUCCACGUUUGCCUCCUGGCAGAAAACCCCCCGGCCCGCCUCCUGGGCCACCACCACCUCAAGUUUUGCAGAUGUAUGGCCGUAAAGUGGGCUUUGCCCUAGAUCUUCCUCCUCGUAGGCGAGAUGAAGACAUGUUGUAUAGUCCUGAACUUGCCCAACGUGGACAUGAUGAUGAUGUUUCCAGCACCAGUGAAGAUGAUGGCUACCCUGAGGACAUGGAUCAGGAUAAGCACGAUGACAGUACUGAUGACAGUGACACAGACAGAUCAGAUGGAGAAAGCGAAGGUGAUGAAUUUGUGCACCGUGAUGAUGAGAGAGACACCAAUGAAGAAAAGAAGUCAGGUUUAAGUGUUCGAUUUGCAGAUAUGCCUGGAAAGUCAAGGAAGAAAAAGAAGAACAUGAAGGAGCUCACUCCUCUUCAAGCUAUGAUGCUUCGAAUGGCAGGUCAGGAAAUCCCAGAGGAGGGACGAGAAGUAGAGGAAUUUUCAGAGGAUGAUGAUGAAGAUGAUUCUGAUGAUUCUGAAGCAGAAAAGCAAUCACAAAAACAACAUAAAGAGGAGUCCCUUUCGGAUGGCACAUCUGCUGCUUCACAGACUGCUCCCCCGCAGUCUGUUCCUCCUUCUCAGAUACAAGCACCUCCCAUGCCUGGGCCACCACCACUUGGACCACCACCUGCCCCACCUUUACGGCCACCUGGACCACCUACAGGCCUUCCUCCAGGCCCACCUCCAGGAGCUCCUCCAUUCCUCAGACCCCCUGGAAUGCCAGGACUGCGAGGGCCUUUACCCCGUCUUUUACCUCCAGGACCACCACCAGGCCGACCCCCUGGCCCUCCCCCAGGUCCACCUCCAGGUCUGCCUCCUGGCCCUCCUCCUCGGGGACCCCCACCCAGGCUACCUCCCCCUGCACCUCCAGGUAUCCCACCACCUCGUCCUGGCAUGAUGCGCCCACCUUUGGUGCCUCCACUUGGACCUGCCCCACCUGGGCUUUUCCCACCGGCUCCCUUGCCAAACCCAGGGGUUUUAAGUGCUCCACCCAACUUGAUUCAGCGACCCAAGGCGGAUGAUACAAGUGCAGCCACCAUUGAGAAGAAAGCCACAGCAACCAUCAGUGCCAAGCCACAGAUCACUAAUCCUAAGGCAGAGAUAACGCGAUUCGUGCCCACUGCACUGAGGGUACGUCGGGAGAAUAAAGGGGCUACUGCUACUCCCCAAAGAAAAUCAGAGGAUGAUUCUGCUGUGCCUCUUGCCAAAGCAGCUCCCAAAUCUGGCCCAUCUGUCCCCGUCUCAGUACAAACUAAGGAUGAUGUUUAUGAAGCUUUCAUGAAAGAGAUGGAAGGGCUACUGUGACAGCUUCUGAUGCCAGAGCAGGCUUCUCUCCACAUCGCUGGUUUAUGGAAAAGAGGCGCUUACAAAAUUUAGGCAAAAGCGCUACUUUCAGUGUCAGGGUAUUUUCUAAUUUCAGUUCAAGGAAUAUCCUAAAGUUUAGCAUUGGUGAGAAUUUACGGCAUCUGAGAAGAUACUUCAUUCAGAAUAGAUUGGUUAUUGAAGCCGUGCUGCUAACAUCCAUUCCCUUUCAUACCACCAUUUUCUCCUGUUAUUUUCCCCCUUUCCAAUUCUGUGGAAACUUGUGGCGGGGGAUCUUUGUUACUUAAUUUGCUUCUCUUCCUGUGUGCUGUGGGCACUGGAGUAGAGAUUUCUGGAAAAAAGUUUAUUUCACCCCAUCUUGCCUUUUGUGUUCAAGUUAUUUUUAAUAUUUUCCUGUAAAUAUUUUGUAAUAUUGUAGUGAAAUGGAUCUCAAUGUCAUUUCCUAAUACAAAGCAAGAUAUGUGGGAAGAAAAUGUACAAUUCUUUGAUUAAAAUUAUUUCCCACUGACCUAAACAUUGAGUGUUUCAUGAAAUAAAUGUUCUAUACCAAGAUUUUCUGUGUUACCAAUAAUGUCUAUAUAUAAUUGUUAUGAGCAGAAAAGAUGCAAGUAUUAAAAACUUGGACUUUAAGGAAUACCAUUUCUGGCAUAGGAUGAGAAUCUUACUGAAAACAUAAAUCUUACCUUUAAAAUUAAAAUUUUAAAGGAUAAAGAAAAGAACUCUUCCUUUACAAUUAUAUUGGCUUUAGAGAAAUUGAGAGGUAUUUAUUGCUAAGAAGGGAUGAAUCAUCAAAAUU